AAAUAAAUUCAAUAUUUUAUUUAAAAAAAUAUUGAAAAUUUGUAUGUCUAUUCUUCAAAUUAUUUUAAUAAAGCUUCUUUCUUAAAAAUAAGUGUCGGAAUUUUACACAUAUGUUCUUUGUUAUCUAUCAUCGUUUCGAUCAGUAGUUUUGAUAUAUCUUAUUUAUUUCAGAAGUUACUUUAAUUACCGUAUUGUAUGUCAAUGUCUCCGGCGAUGGCAAUUAGUGAUGAAAAGAGUGAAGAUGAUCAUACAAUAGAAAGUGAAUAUCAUAAAGGAGUGAAGAAUUUGUAUGAAAAAGGUUAUCUUCACAAAGUUCCAAAGAAAUAUAUAUUUCCAGCCUCAGAAAGACCCACCACUAGUACGAAUGAUUCCAAUUGUCCCAAGGAAAAUCUUCAGCUACCUAUCAUUGAUUUUGCUGAUCUUAUUGGUCCAAAUAGGCCACAAGCUCUUCAAUGCUUAGCCAAUGCUUGUGAACAAUAUGGAUUUUUCCAGCUAGUGAAUCAUUCAAUAUCAGAUGAUAUAACAAGGUGCAUGAUAGAUGUGAUAGCAAGGUUCUUUGAUCUUCCAUUUGAGGAGAGAGCUAAGUACAUGACAACUGAUAUGAGAGCAGCUGUGAGAUAUGGAACCAGUUUCAGUCAAACAAAAGACUCUGUGUUUUGUUGGAGAGAUUUCUUAAAACUCAUUUGUAAUCCUUUGCCUGAUUUUCUUCUUCAUUGGCCUUCUUCUCCAACGGAUUUUCAAGAAGUGGUUGCCACCUAUGCAAAAGAAACCAAAUACCUGUUCAUGACAAUAAUGGAAGCUAUCCUAGAAAGUUUAGGAAUUGUGGAAGCCAACCAAGAAGAGAUGACAAAAGAAAAGGACAAUAAUGAUAAUAAUAAUAAUAUUAUGAAUGAAUUGGACAAUGGUAGCCAAAUGUUGGUGACCAAUUUCUAUCCACCAUGUCCUGAACCAGACCUAACACUAGGAAUGCACCCUCAUUCUGAUUAUGGCUUCCUCACAUUACUUCUUCAAGAUGAAGUGGAGGGUUUGCAAAUUCAAUUUCAAGACAAAUGGCUCACUGUUCAACCUAUUCCCAACGCUUUCGUCAUCAACAUUGGCGAUCAUUUAGAGAUAUUUAGCAACGGAAAAUACAAGAGUGUAUUACACAGGGUUUUGGUGAACGAAGUUAAGAGUAGAAUAUCUAUCGCUUCGCUACAUAGUCUUCCCUUUAACUGCAUUGUAAAACCGUCGCAAAAACUCAUUGAUGAAGAGAAUCCAAAGCGUUACAUGGACACAGAUUUUGGUAGUUUUCUUGCGUAUGUGUCCACCAGAGAACCCAAGAAAAAGGAUUUCCUAGAGUCAAGAAAAUUGACAAAUUCAUAAUUAUUAAACAAAUUAAUUAGAAAAGGAACAAGAGCUAUAGCCCGUAGGUAAUUGGACAUUGAAGAGAUCAAGAGCAACAAAAAAGAUGCAAUUUGUCACCAAACACCCAUGUUUAUUACUAAGUCUUUUGGAAAAACAAAGUACCAGAAUCAAUGGGUUAAAGAAUAAUGAAUAUGGUUUUUUUUUGUUGGAAAUCACAAGAGUAGGGGUAGUUAAGAGAGGUGGAGAUUUGUUCCUUGCAAUUCUUAGUUUUACAGUUCGUAAAACUAAGCAUUUCUAUUUUAUUGUUACUGUAUUCAUGAUCUUUCUAGCUUGUUUCAUCGUGUGAAAGUUAUAUUCUUUUUGAGAAAAAGGAUUGAAAAAUGUAAUUUGUAAUAUGU